AUGGCUCAGAACCAGGCACAACAGAAUGUUAUGCGGAGAAAACUGGUUAUAAUAGGUGACGGCGCUUGCGGCAAGACAUCUUUGCUAUCGGUCUUUACAUUAGGGUAUUUCCCAACACAUUAUGUACCCACGGUCUUCGAGAACUACGUUACCGAUUGUCGGGUCGAUGGUCGUUCCGUUCAGUUGGCGUUAUGGGAUACAGCGGGACAAGAAGACUACGAGAGACUAAGACCUCUGGCAUAUGCCAAAUCACAUGUCAUCCUCAUCGGCUUCAGCGUGGACAGCCCCGACAGUCUGGAAAACGUACGGCAUAAAUGGAUCGAAGAAGCUCGAGAGCGUUGUCCCGCUGUACCUAUCAUUUUGGUUGGCCUGAAGAAAGAUCUCAGAGAAGACCCACUGGCCAUUGAGGAGAUGCGCAAGAGAAGUCAGAAGUUUGUCACCGCGCGAGAGGGCCAGGAAAUGGCACAAGCCUGUGGGGCUCGCAAAUACCUCGAGUGUUCGAGUUUGACAGGCGAGGGUGUUGAUGAUGUAUUCGAAGCCGCCACUCGAGCAGCUCUCUUGACAUUCAAUGGAAAGCAGGGUGGAGGUGGCUGCUGUGUGAUACUCUGA